CUUUUGGAAAAGUUAAUUUUACAAACUAAUUCUGUGUAUUUACCUUUCAGUUAAGUUCUUUCUAUACCAUCAAAUGACCAUUUCUCUUCUGCUUUCUUUGGGUAAUUUUAUUUUUACUUAAGCUUAGAUUGGCUGUUAUUGACUUGUGUUUCACCAGUGUUUAUUAUGCUAAAAAAAGGAUUUGGGUCUUGAACUCAUCCUAGGUCUAGAGGGCAUCCAAAAACUCUAGGAGUUUGUACUAAUGCUUUCCUUUUCUGAUGAAAUAUUGCCUCUUUAAUUAAUCCCCAGAGAUUUUUGUCCUUUCUGAAGCUGUAAACUGAGAACAGAAAUACUCUCUUGAAAGAAGUCCAGGUAGGUGUCAUCUUUCCUCAACUUGCCUGGCUUUUGGUGAGUUUGGGAGUGUUGACAGUAUCUUGAGCUAUCUUGGCAGAUAAUUAGGAUCAGAAGGAGAGUAGUCCUCAGGCAAGGGUCCAGAUCCUUACUUGCCUCAUUAGAGAGAAUUCAGACUUGUCUGUCUGGUUGUUAGGGUAUACUUAAUCACUGAGACCUAGCAUUUCAGCAGUUUGCAGAGAAAAUGAUAUGAAGGAACAGCUGCAAGUAAACCCCAGUCUGGAUCUCAGGAGAUCAAGCAUUCACUUCACUUGGAGGAAAGAGAGAAGGAAGAAAGCCCAGGGCUUAGCAGGGGACAUGGCUCCACGUUCUCGGAGACGAAGGCACAAGAAGUUUCUGUCAGAGGCUUCUGUGAUUGUGAACACACCCACAGUUGUGACUCCUGUAGCAAUGACGCUCUCAAAAUCUGGUCCUAGCAUUGAUGCUCUUGGCUUCUUCUCCUUGGACAGUAAUGUUCCUGGUCUGUCCCAGCUGAUCCUUGAAAAGCUGAACAUGAAAAGCUAUGAUGAAUUUAAGUUGGUAGUAGAUGGGGGAACCCCUGCCUCAGGCUUUGGAUUUCGAUGUCCUAAAGAAAUGUUCCAAAAGAUGGAGGACACGUUCCGAUUCUGUGCUUACUGUAGAGCACUGCCUAGUGGCCUUUCAGACUGCAAGGUUCUCCGACACUGUAAGAGGUGCAGAAAUGUCUACUACUGUGGUCCAGAAUGCCAAAGAUCAGAUUGGCCAGAACACAGAAGGGUUUGUCAAGAACUUCGUCUCGUGGCUGUGGAUCGUCUCAUGGAAUGGCUCCUGGUCACAGGUGGAAUGCUGUCCUACCUUCAAUUUCUCACUUAA